AUGGUUUUAGAAGCAACAAUGAUCGUAUUGGAUAAUUCAGAAUGGAUGCGUAAUGGUGAUUAUACACCAACUAGACUUGAAGCACAAAAAGAUUGUGUAAAUCUUUUAUUUGGAUCAAAAAUUCAAGCUAACCCGGAAAACACUGUAGGUUUAUUGACUAUGGCUGAAGUUCUUGUAACUUUAACUUCUGAUGUUGGUAAAAUAUAUUCUGCAUUACAUAACAUUAAAAUCGGUGGAAAACCAAAUCUAACAACUGGUAUUCAAGUUGCACAGCUUGCACUUAAACAUCGACAAAAUAAAAAUCAAAAACAACGCAUCAUAGUUUUUAUUGGCAGUCCAAUUGAUAUUGAAAAGAAUGCAUUAGUAACGUUGGGUAAGAAAAUGAAAAAAAAUAAUGUUGCAGUGGAUAUUAUUAACUUUGGAGAAGAAUCAGAGAAUAAUUCAAAAUUAGAAGCAUUCAUAAACGCUGUCAAUAGUGGUGAUAACAGUCAUAUUUUAACAGUUCCACCAGGACCUCAUAUACUUAGUGAUGCAUUAUUAUCAUCGGCUAUAUUAGCGGGAGAAGAUGGUGUUCCUGCUGGUUUUGCCGCAGGCGGCGGAAAUAGCUUUGAGUUUGGUGUUGAUCCUAAUCUUGAUCCCGAACUUGCUUUGGCUUUACGUAUUUCACUAGAAGAAGAGAAGGCAAGACAGGAAGCUAAAGCAGCAGAGGUAUCCACCACUUCAAAUUCUAAUCAAGAAGCAGAGUCAUCAACAAUGGCUAUUGAUCAAACAAUCGGAGGAGGCAGUACUGAUAAAGCUGAACUUAGUACAAUUAUUAACACAGAAAAUCAAGUAUGUUCAAUUGAUUUAGGGAAGCAAGGAGGAGAGGAGGAGAAAGAGGGUGAUAAAGAUACUGAUGAUGUACAUAUGGAGGAACUUACCGAGGAUGAACAGAUGGCUCGUGCAUUACAAAUGUCAAUGCAAGGAGAUGGUGAAUCUAAUGUUAAGAUAACAACGGAUGAUUAUAAUGUUAUGCAAGAUCCAGAAUUCAUGAGUGAACUGCUUCAAUCUUUACCAGGAGUUGAUCCUAAUGAUCCACAAAUUAGAAAUGCUUUACAAGGUAAAUGUGAUGCAUUAAAUUUCACAAUAGCAACAACGGUUGCGUGA